CAAUUCUCAGUUUCCCAUUUCUGUUUUUGAAAUCCUAGUAUUUAUUCUUUGUUCUGUUUGAAUUUAUUUUUUCUUCCACAUAGAAAAGAAAAACUGAACGAAAAUUUAGAGAUUGUUGAUAACUGCAUGAAAAUUUGAAAUUUUAGGCUUGAACAGUUUAAUGGUUUUGGCUCUUUUGUGUUGUGUGAUGUUUGAAUCGUUUGCAGUUUGAAGCUUAGAGACAAAUAUGGCCGGUGGAGGGAAUUUCUUGCACAGGGUUAUCUCUUACGUGGUGAAUGAAGUGGUUGUCAAUAGUCUUGCCAACAACCCUUCAUUUCAGAGGUUUGCAGUAAGGACAUCAAGGAGGAUUGAAGAUAUUUCAAACAAAGCCGUUCAGAAGAAGCAGGAGCUAGCUGAGCAGAUCAAGGAUAUCUCAAAAAAUAUAGAGUCUUUCAAGAACCAGUGAUUUUGGUAUUCUUGCUACACUGCUGAAGAUAAUAAAGUCCUGAUCCUCUUUGCCAAAGAUACUCGUGGAGGUGUAUGUAAAUUAUUUUGUAGUUGGUUUUGGAUCUUAUCCCAUGAUAUCAAGCUGCGAUGUAAUGGCUUCUUCCAGUUUGUUUGGUGAACAGAAAACGGGAUUAGGAUAUUAGUCAUAGUUUAUGAUACUAUGUCACAUCAUAUCAGUCUGCUUUUAUUUUAAAUUAUUGAAGGCUAUAACAGUAUGAUAUCUUUUAAAGUGAGUUCUAUGGGAAUUGAAUGCGCAAACAGGAAUCUUG